AUGGCCGCGUACCUGACGCACCAGCAGAAGGUGUUGCGGCUGUACAAGAAAUCCCUGCGGCACCUCGAGUCCUGGUGCAUCUACCGGGACAAGUACCGCUACUUCGCCUGCCUCCUGAGGGAGCGCUUCGAUAAGAACAAGGAUGUGAAGGACAUGGUGAAAGCCACCCAGCUGCUGAGGGCGGGCGAGGAGGAGUUCUGGGCCAACCAGCACCCCCAGCCCUACAUCUUCCCCGAUUCUCCCGGGGGCACGUCCUACGAGAGAUACGAGUGCUACAAGAUUCCUGAAUGGUGCUUGGAUUUCUGGCAUCCUUCUGAGAAGGCAAUGUAUCCUGAUUACUUUGCCAAACGAGAGCAAUGGAAGAAGCUACAGCGGGAGAGCUGGGAAAAAGAGAUUAAGCAGUUGGAGGAAGAAACCCCAGCGGAUGGUCCAAAAACUGAAGCUUUGCCUCCAGCUCGGAAGGAAGGGCACCUGCCCCCGCUGUGGUGGCAGUACGUCACCCGGCCCCGGGGAAUACCCAUGUAA